GGCUUGGAAAUGAUUAAAAGAGAACAGCUAUUAACUAAGUGAAAUGCUCUUUUGUAAGAGUCUUGACUCAAGACUCUUACAUUUACUCAUCAAAUUGCAAUAAUGUCCAAAGCUAUAUGUUUAUUAGUAUUAAAUAAACUUCAAGCAAAUAAAAAUGUUUAGUUAGUCUAAGAGUCAAGAUUCUUAAUCUUCAAGAAUUAGUCUAAUGUUUAAUUGGAUUCUUAUCUUCUACCGAACAAAAAUAAUCAAUCAUUUUAUAGAAGUGGAUUAUAUAUGCUAAAUUACAAAACUAUUAAAAACUUUCUUUAAAAAUUGACAUCACUCAGACAGGGAAAUGUCAUUUUUUUAUUGGAUGAAGUUGACAAAUUUUUGUUUUCUAUUGUUUGCUUCACUCUUUGUUACUAAUAAAGAUACUUGGCAAGAGCUAAACUGUUACAAAUAAGAAAACAAGAAGAAUGGUCGACAAGAAAAAAAAAAGAAGAAUGAUAAACAAGUUAAAACAAGAUUGACCUCGACCAUCAUAUCCACCGUCCAUUCACUCGUAAUCACAAACUUUUUUUAAAGUUCGAUUAAGAUGUAGCCAUCUUUUGACCUAUCGUUGCUUGUAAAGCCAACUAACACUCAAAUCAUUAUAGACGAUGAUCUUAAACCAACCCCAUUUAAGAUAUUCUGUGCUCUUUUGCAUCUACAUUUCAGCAUAGUAAUAUACAAUACAUAUUCAUAACAUAUAUCCUCAGUCGCUACUUAGACGUCUGUGACUGAGAUGCAUGGACCUAAUGCCCCAAACAUCAUUGAUUUUUGCUCUUUUUUUUGUAAUCUUGGAGUAUACAAAACAUGAUUGUGCCACUGCCAUAUCAAUAUGAUCUUUGAUGUGUCCGUCUAGGUCUAGUCGGUAGUCCCACAUUAUUUUUGUAGAUAAUAUCCUGAGGGCUAUUCUUCCCGUGGUGGGUUGUUUGGUUGUUCCUUGCUUUCUUGGGGAGCGUCGUAUUGUCAACUCGAUGUAAUUAUGAAUAUUUCAGUGGUUUGACGAACUAUGAUAACAUUAAUUAGAUAACGUUGUUAAGCAAAAAGUUUUGUUGUAGUCUUGUAGAUAGCAGCACUCUCGAAAGUGUUAAUGGAUUAAAAAGUUAAAAUGUGCUCCAAUACGUAAUUAUUAUAGUAUAUAUUAUCUUAAUCUGAUACUUGUACUGGGUCGAUCAAGUAAUAUAAAGCUGUAGUAGCUCAUGCUGCUUGACUCAUGCUCAUAUCAGCAUGUGGUUUUGAUAUUUCCUUAAAACUCAAGUUAAAAAAAUGGUCAAAACUUUAUCCCAUGAUCCAAUUAACUCUGUUUUGACCUAGUAAGUGACCUUUAAAAUAUUUUAUAUUUCCACCAAAAUAUAUAUUUAUAAAUAUAUUGUAUAGUACCCUAGAUUUUUAUAUUGGUAAUGAUCAAAUAUAACAGUGAAACAAGACUCGUUUUUUUUUUUUGGUAAAAGAAACAAGACUCGUUGUUCUAUAUAUAACCUACAACACUGAACUUGAUCCUUUCAAAUCAAACACUGCCCCCAAAAAAUUAUUUACAAAAUAAUGGAGAAAAGCCAAAGAUUUAACAAAGACACAAACACCAACAUAGGCUUCUGCCUUCUUCCCUCUGAGCUCAUACAAAACAUUUUAUUCCAUCUUUGUAUACCUGAGAUCAUCCGAAUGAAACUACUCAACAAGUUUGUCUUAAACACAAUCUCCGACCAAAGCUUUAUCAGACAACUCAACCAUGGAUCACAGAGAGACACAUGGAUCUUUGUCUAUACAAGGCGUUGGCGUCGCGACAACGGUGUGCUUCACGGAUUUUCCAACCGUUCUGUACGGUGGUUCAAGAUUCCGGUGGCUGAAAUUUUGACCGGUGAGGUUUUUCCCGGUGAAGAUUUAUAUUUACUAACGGCUAGCGGUAAUUUUCUUCUCUUUGCUUCUAAUACUCAUAGUGGAAUCAUAGCCGUUGAUCUCGUGGACAAGAGUGUUAGAAGAAUCAGCUCAUGUCCUUUAGGUCCACGUGGCACGUCCUCGUGGAGACGGUCCGGUAUGAAGCUUGUACCUGAUCCAUCAAAUCCAAGUCAUUUCCGGUUUAUGUUUGCUGAGAUGGUAAAUAACCGGCCGGUUCUGUUUACGUAUCAUUCUAACACAACCACGUGGACUACUAAAGAAGCAGAGGAAGUAAAUAACUGGGGUUAUAAGAAAAACAAUAAUGUUUUCUUAAGCUUAUCAAACCGACCUCACGAGAGUAUUGUGAUGAGCGUGGACGAUGUUGAUGGGUCGAUGACAAACCGGGUUCCAGUGAUUUUGAGGCCAAGGAUGAACCAAGAGGCGAUAAGAGGAUGCCCAUCAAGUGUUGGAUUCAGCAGGAACGAUCUAGAGAGUCAGUUGUUACAUAUACAUGGAGAUGAAUACAAAGUGGUUAUUAGGUUAGACACAAUAGAGUUAUCAAAGAUGAAGCGGAUGAAGAGUCUAGAGGUUUGGGAGAUAAGCUCAAAUGGUGAGAAGUGGGAGUUAGUGUCAAGAGCUCCUAGCGAAGUGAUCAGCAACAAGCCUUGUGGUGUGAUGAUGGGAUGCUUAGAGAGGAGACUAGGGGUGAUUAGAGUGGCUUUGAUGACGAACCGUGAGGGUUUAUGGAAUAUUAUAUGGAUGGAUUAUGAUAAGGAGAAGGAUAAGUGGGAAUGGGUCCCAUUGCCACAUUGUAGAUUCUUGCAAGGCUCAAAUAUGGCCGGUAUUAGCUUUUCUUCUGGUCUCACUUUUUCUUUGUAACACACUUCAAAAGUUUAAUAUAUAUGUCGGUAUCAAUCACCCGACCAUACGCUUUUUUAUUAUAUGAUUGUUGGAAUUCAAUGAAUUUCACGAGCUGGGACA